UCUUAUCAAUUUACAGUUUAAUCUGUUUCAGUUUUUGUUGAUUUUUAUUUUUCUGGUAAUUAAUUUAUUUGAUUUGUUCAAGGUUGUCAAUAUGGUAAAUUUUGCAGCGAUUUGGCCUUUGCUUGGCCCGUUUUUAACCUUUUGUUCCUGGUCUGCCCACAAAUAGAAUUGCACAUAUACGAAAUCAAAACCCCUGCUCAUUCUUCAACUAUUUCGUUUUGUAUCAAUUCCCCAAUUGUUUUGCACAGAAUUUUUGCAAAAGUGCUAUUGUUUCAAUUCCGGCAGAUUUCGUAAUUUAUGUAGGAUUUUUAUUUUUGUUUUCAUUUUUUUUAAAUUCUUAUAAAUCCACAAAUUAUAUUGUUUUAUUUUUUGGUUGAUUGGUAUUGUAUAUUAGUCUGGGAAUUGAUUUUGUUUGCUUUUUUUGCCAAUAUAUGUUAAAUGUAACAGCCAUUUGGGCUUUGCCUUUCAUUUGGCUUGGCCCAAUUUUCGAACCAUUUGUUCCUGGCCUGCUAACAUGUACAAUUCUACAAAGCUGAAAUCAAAACCCUUGUUGUAUCUAUCACAAUUCCAAACCCUAGGUCGCAGUCGUUAUAUUCAUCCGUCCAAUUUUUGGAAUUGAUUUCUUUGGCAUUGAUUUUGCAUUCUGGUAUGUUAUUAUUAUUAAUCUACAUUUUGUUUUCUUUUUCUGCGUUCAUUCUUCUUUCUUUAAUCAGAUUUGUUUUCAGUUUCUUUUCCUAAUCUGAAUAAUUUAUCAAUUUUAGUUGUUAUUUUGGAAAUGUAGAUUGUUCUUAUCCAUGGAUCAAAAAUUGGAUGUUCAAUUGGUAGAGAAGGUUGUAGAUGUCACUGGGACUGUACUUGUUGCAUUCCUUCUUCCUUCUGGUGUUGCUAUGGGUGGAGAUGCAAGGGUCACAUCUGUGACUGAUUCUAUGAUUAAACAUCCUGAGUGCAAAAUUUUUGAAAUCAGGAAAAAUCCUCCUAUUGUUGCAUCUUGGAGCCAUAGUUCUCCAGAAGGGAAGGAGUUUAUGGCUUAUUUAAAAACAAAUGCAAGAAAUCGGACCAUUCAUCAACUUGUGGAGGAUGGUACAUCACAUUUAAAAGAAAUUAAUCGGAAAUUUGAUAUACAGUGCUUUGUGUGCUCAGUAGUGAACGGGGAGCCAAUAGGUUAUAUCGUAAGUAGAUUCUGUGAUACAAAGCAUGAUAAAGGUUGCAAGGGGAAAUUUAGGGCUAGUGUUAAGUGCAGUUGUGAAGGGUUUUAUAUUGAUUGUCAUAAUAGGCCAUUAGGAAUAGGGGUGCAUUGUAUAGGCAGUGGUAAUAAGUCUGCCUAUACUAGUUUGAAGAUGAAUUUCAAGGGGAGAGAGAAUUACCGACGAUCAACGCAAGAGUGGAACAUUGAAGAAUUGAAACUUAAUGGAUGUCCGAAAUUGGAAAGAGCUCAUGUACCUGUACUUCAGGCUAUGUUGUUUGCUUCGUUCAAAAAUGAAUCAUGUGGAUCUCCAUUUUUGGUUUCUACCAUCUCUACUGGAGGAGAAAUCAAUGCACGUUUGGCUCGUAGCUUCUGGAGUUCUUAUAAGGAAUUCUUUCCUUCUUAUGAUGAAUCACAUGCAACAACAAUUUUUCUUAUAUAUCAUCGCCCUCCUGAGGGAUCUGAUUAUGGGAAAAUAGUUGUUAAGAAUUUGAUUCCUCCUCAAGUUGUAAGGGCCUCGGGUUUUUCUGUUGCUGAGUUACCUGGUGAUAGGGUUUUACAUUUUGUUACUUUGACAAGGGAAAGGGAUGUCGAUGAACUAUGGUCUGAUUUUGAUUCAAUUUGGUUGAUGGAAAAUCCUGACAUUGUCGAUGAAUUUUGUAGGGAUAAGGGUAGUUUAAGAUUUUCUAAACUUGAUCUAUCUAAUCAUAGGGAUAAUAAACAUGGUGUUGAUGUUGUGAAUGACUUUGAGUUUGUCUUUUUGGUAAGGCGUUGUGAGGAGUUUCUGGAUUCGUUGAUUUUUGAUGAAACAUACACUGAAGCUGUCAAUUCUGAGGCUCUUGGGUUUUGAGGACAAAGGCAUGCCACUUCGGAGGUUGGAGGUGCUGUUUAGACGAAUGAGUGAAGAUUUUUGUGGCUUCUUUUGUUCUAGGAGUGAAGUCCAUAUUUGUUGUUAGAAACGUUAGUUUGAUUAUUUGGAAGUACAAUUUGUUUUGAGAAGGUUUAGUGUUAUUGACAAAUUCUGUGGAGUGUCCUCUGUGAAUGCUCCCCCUUUUGUAUUUGGUUUCCAAUCUGUUUUGGAUUUUGUCUACUUGAAUGAAUCAAUUGCUGCAGCCUUUGAAAAACAGA